UCUCUGAAAAUAGAAAGAAAUUAAAAUCUUUGAAAAUAUUUAUCUCUGAAAAUAAAAAAAGGAAAACUCUUUGAAAAUCAAUUUAUCUCUGAAAAUAAAAAAAAAGGAAAACUCUUUGCAAAUAUUUAUCUCUGAAAAUGAAAAGCAAAACUCCUGAAAAUUUGAAAAUUAAGAAAAAAAUAGUAAACUUUUGAAUAUAUUUUUUAGAAUAAAACUUGAUUUGAAUUUUAUUUCAAAAAUUGAAUUAAAUAGAAAAUUGGAAAUAAAAACAAAAAUUAGAAAUCAUUAAAAAAUAAUUUAAAAAUUAUUAUAAUGAAAUUGUUUAAUUUUCAUUCUUUUUAUUUAUCGCCGAGAAGUUUUGAGUCAUCAGCUUAAAAUACUUUUCUAAUGGGUUUUCCAGAAUUUAAGAAUGAUUAGUAAACGUGAGAACAGAAUAGAUUUUGCAAAAGAUAACAAUUAAAAAACUAACAAAACAAGUUUAAGAAAAUAAUUACAUACAUUUUUUCUGGUUUCUUUUAUCCUCAUUUACUGGAAGAGGUUUCAAAACUAAAUUAUAGUUUAAAACUUUAUAGUUUAUUUUUAUUGUACAAAAUAAAAUUUUAAACAAAAUUAAGAAAGGCAAAAAAAUUUGUAUAACUUUCGGUUUAAUUUUGUUUUGUAUUAUAAAUUUAAACUUAAAUUAAAAUAAAAAAAUUCCGUUAAUUAUAACUUUCUAACAUUUUAUUAGUAAUUGCUAUUUAUAAAUUUGUAAUUAAAGUUAAAAUUGUUUAAUAAAAAAAGUAAAUUUUAAAGAAAGAGCGAAAUGAAUGAUAGAGUUUUUUUAAUUCUAAUCUCAACUAAUUGUGAUUUAGAGUAAAAGAAACGUUUUACUGACGUUUAGCAAAGAAACAAGGUCAAAUGGAGAGAAUAAUGUCAUCAUAGUUCAAUGUUAUCAUGAUUAAUUUUGUGUAAUAGUAAUAAUUCUAUUAGAUACUCCUGCACUUGAAUUGAAUCUUCAAUUUAUUUUCUAAACGUGUUGCGAUAUAAAGUGAGAAAAAAAUUAUACAUUCCCUUUUCAUUUUCAGUUUCUUUAUUAUCUCUUCUGUGUAUAUAAAACAAUUUUUUUCUUCUUCAUUCUCUCACAUACAUGUGGAUACUUUGAUAUUAAAGUAGUUGCAAUUUUAAAGUAUCAUUAUGUAUAAACGGAGUGUGCCUCUGAUUCACGUCUUCUUGUGCCUCGUUUUUGCGAUUUAUUCACUUGCUGAAAAAGAAUGUGACGAGACAAAAUGUCCUGGUCCAUUGAGUUUCUAUAAGGACAUAAGAUGUAAGGCAAUUUACAAAAAUCCUGGCGAUUGUUGCGCAAUUAAAUAUGAUUGCUCUCAUCUCGAGGAAAGAUCAACGUCGAAAUGUUAUGCAAAUGGAAAUGUUUAUAAAAUUGGUGAAGAAUUGAGAAAAGAGGAUUCUCAAGUUUGCGACAUUGACUGCUAUUGUGAAAAAGGAUAUGGAGGAGUAGCUUCAUUUUCGUGUGCAGAAGUUGAUUGUGGCAUUGAAGAACCUAUUGACGAUGGAUGUUACAUAGAUCAAUCUGCCGAUCAGUGCUGUCCAGCAGAAGUCAUUUGUCCUACUAAGCCAGCAACGUGUUUAGUUAACGGAAAAAUUUUAAAAGAAGGCGAAUAUUUCCAAAUUGAUGACCAGCCGAACACGUCAUGUUACUGCAAACCAGGAUACAAGGGAGAAAAUAUUGAGCCAUUUUGUCACACUCCCAAGGGUAGUAUUUGUGGAACUGAAAUGAGGCACAGUUAUGAAAUUCAUGAAAAAUGUGCUCCCGUUUAUUAUUACGAACAAUCGCCUCAAACAUCGUGCAGUGUUUCUUACAGAUGUCAAAACAAGAAUGAUACGCUUAUUUCUCAUCCUGAAACUCGAAAUGGUCCUGAUAGCGACAAAACCAAUACUUGCACAUUUGGAAAUAUUGUCAUGAAAAUCGGCGACGAAUUGAAUCAAGCGACGGAUUAUAGUUCCGUUUGUGUAAAAUGCACAUGUGAAGUUCCUCCACUUCCAACUUGUCAACGACUUUCUGAUGACGAAUGCAACGUCACUGUUCAUCAAAAUUUUGAAUCUAAUAAUUAAAAAAUAUUAGAAAAUUUACGAAUACCUAUUAUUAAUGAUUUUAAAUCUAAUAAUUACAAAUUAUUAGAAAA